CGCGUUAAUACCAAUAACUUUACCGACGGAUGAAUGUGAAAUAACAAUAAUCGUAGCAAUGGGCCCAUGGAGCGGCCCUUGUUUGCAAUGGUUGGUUAAACAGGGCGGUAGAAUGUAUUCAUUGCCAGAUGUAAAUGGACAGCGUGCACAUAGUUUACUUUUAAGACCCUCAGUCCCAAUAUCUCCACAUAUAUGUUUCAUGGCGUUAAGUCUAGGCCAUAAAUUCAGUGAACCAGAAUUCUAUCCCAGACCAGAUGGAGAUGUUUUUAUCUCUGGGGAGAUUGAUAAUGGCGUUCUCCCGGAAUCAGCUAACGAAUUUAAACCCAACCCGACAUCUAUUAAAAAUCUGAAGAGAGACUGUAACUUAUUAUCGCCUGAUGUUUUGGGAAAGGCAACUGUAGUAAAGGAAAAUUGUUGUUGGAUGCCCAUUUCUUCGGAUACUCUGCCUCUAAUAGGAAAAGUGCCGUGGUUGGACGGAGUCUAUGUAGCAACUGGGCAUAACGUAUGGGGUAUUUCUAACUGCACUGGGACUGGUUUAGUAAUAGCUGAGAUGGUGUUGACGGGUCAGGCCCAAAGUAUCGAUGUGAGGGCCCUUGCACCUCUGAGACCAAAAAUUCCCAGAGUGCAUCAAUGA